AUGACAGCAAUAAAGGAUUGCCACAACACUGCAGCAAAACAAGACCUAAUGGUACCAACACUUAGUAUGAUUCCUGUUUCACCAGAAAUACAAGAGUUAUUACAAGCAUACGGUAUUGAACGACAUAUGGUGGCAUAUUUCAAUCGGGAAGAGCCUAACAGAGUAUAUGUGAACGCUUAUGGACAAUUGCACUUCAUUGAUCUAUCCGCGCUUAAUCUAACUAAUGGCACUAUCGUACAGAAUUUAGCUCUAAAAGCUUGCGAAUUAACCCGAAAUGAUCCAAUCGUCCGGAAUGAUUUAGAAAGUGAACUGAAUAAAGUAAUUCAACGAGUUUUAUCAAAAAUUGCCAAGGAACGUAAUAAAAAUAAUGAUGUCUCCUCAACGAUCGAGUCAUCAAAGUGUGCAGGCACUUCUAUGUGGCAAAUGUUAACUGAUUCGGAACGUGAAGAAUUACAGAGAGAGCAGCGCAAAAGGAAUGCCUACAAAACUUCACUGUGUAAGCCAUUUCGAGAAAAUAAUAUAUGUCCAUAUGGUGAUGAAUGCGUUUUUGCACAUGGAGAAAAAGAACUUCGUCUUCCACCUCAGGCUCAUCCGAAAUACAAAACUAAAUUAUGCAAUAAAUUCUCAGUACUGAACUAUUGUCCAUACGGUGCCCGUUGCCAAUACGUACAUGAACGUUUAAAUGACAUGUCGAAAGUCGUUGCAGAUGUGCUGCGGGACAAAGGAAAUUCAGGAGAAACUUUACAACAUCCUUCUAAGCAUCUCAACGUAAGACGAUUGGAUCAGAGUGCUGAAUGUACUAAUUCACCGAUCGCUCUUGGAAAUCAUUUAUCAUUUAAUGAACAUGGCGGGUUUUCUUCUUCUCUAACAAGUACCGAUUUCAACUGUGGUGACAAGCAAAGACAAUCUCAGAAGGAAUCCGGUUUAUUUGGUCCGGAUUUUUCUGGCUAUGAUAAUAACGAGUCUCAUUUUAAUACGAAGGCAGUUACAAAUAACAACAUCGUUCUAAAUCAGCUCCUUGAACAUUUUGAUAAUAUGAGAAUUGAUGAUAGCAAUAUGUUUUCACGAUCCUGUUUCUCACGAAUUAGAUCAGGCUAA